CAUGAUGACAUAAAAAUAGGUAGAUGGAAAUAUAUUUAUUAAAAUCAAGUGAUGUACUACAUUCAUUAUAAUAAAUAGUAGUGUGGAUAUUAUAAGGAAAGUUAGAAUAAGAUGGGGAAGUGGAUAAAAUUAUGGGAAAGUUUUUUGGAUAGAGCCAUAUUCAUUUUGAUAGAUUGGGAGAUGGAAAUUAUUAAUGUAAAUAAAUAUUAAAUAAGAAUAGAAUAUUAGUGGUGCGGUAUUCUGUAAUGAAAGAGAUAAUUAGAUUAAGAUUGGGUAGAGUUGGAUGAAGAAUUUAAGUGGCAGAAAUAAGUUAUUUAAGAUGGUGAAUAUGGUAUGAAAGAUAUCAAAAUAGGAAGAUAGGAUUAGUUAUCGUGUUAGAGGAGAAUGGCAAUAUAAUAAAAUGUAAAUAAUUUAUAAGUAUAGCCAUUAAAAUAUAAUUAGAAAUAUAGAGCAAAACGAAAUUAAAAUUUGUUAAUUUUUACAAAGAAUAGUAUAAAUUUUAAAAACAAAGAAAAAUACUUGUAUAUCUAGACAAAAUAUUGUAUUGCAAUUCUGAAUUACAUAUAAAAUAUAAUUAUAAGAGAAAUCUAAUUAUGCUAAUUUGCAAACAAUUCUGCUAAUUUUGAAUAAUGA